AUUCACUCGUCCUCGUCCUUUUGUUCGUCUCAGUGUCUCACAACUGCCAUGACCGACGCAGCCUCCCCAGUCCCGCCACCACCCCGCCGCAUCUGCGUGUAUUGCGGUGCAAGCGCUGUUGCUGACAAGUACAACGUGGCCGCGCGCGAGCUCGGUCGCCUGAUUGCCAAGUCGGGCCACACACUCGUGUAUGGUGGCGGCUCGUACGGCACGAUGGGCGCCCUCGCAGACGGCACGCUCGAGGCCGGCGGUCAGGUGCUUGGAAUCAUGCCGCGCUUCAUGGAGCAGCUCGAGUGGUGCCAUCGCAAUCUGCAAGAGCUGCGCCUCGUCACAUCGCUCCACGAGCGCAAGUUCCAGAUGCUCCAAGAGAGCGACGGCGUCGUUGCGCUCCCAGGCGGUGCCGGCACGUUCGAGGAACUCAUGGAGGCACUGAGCUGGAAGAAGCUCGGGAUUAUCGACUCGCCCAUCGUCUUGUUCAACUUGGACGGCUUUUACGACCCGCUGAUUGCCAUGCUCGACCGUGCAGCGCAAGAGAACUUUUUGGCUGUCGCCCCAGAGCGUCCGCUGUGGCGUGUUGCAACCACCGUGCCUGAAAUCCUCGAGAUUAUUCAUUCAGAGCAAGCGGUCGGCAUGAAAGUCCAUCCCAACAACGUACCUGUCGCGCCACAAUGACCUAAUAAACAAAACGCAAACCCUGCACGAGAUCACUUGCCCCAAAAACUGCUUGCGUUUGGCAUC